AGAAAAUGUCAAGUCUAAAAAUGAAAGAGGCAGCCCUUAUCUAUCUUGACAGAAGUGGAGGCCUCCAAAAGUUUAUAGAUGAUUGCAAAUACUACAAUGAUUCAAAACAAAGUUAUGCUGUCUAUCGAUUCAACAUUUUAAUAAAUCCCUCUGAUAUUGUUGAAUUGGAUGCUGAACUUGGAAAUCACAUUUUACAUGAGCCUUUAAAAGCUGCUCAAGUUUUUCAAUCAGUCUGUUUUACUGCUGUUAAGACUCUCUCAUUAAUUGGACAAUUACAGACUGAAACUCAGAUUAAUAUAGUGCUGAAGUUAACACAUUUACCUCCUCUACGAAGUUAUAGUCUUGAUCUUUGUGAGUUUCCACUUGAUUAUGCAUCUCAAAGAUUUUAUAUGAUGCAAGGAAUUGUGAUUGCAAUGACAACUGUAACCAAGUAUACACAAGGUGCAAGAUUUCUUUGUUCAGAUGAAGCAUGCCCUCUUUCAAAAGGAUUUCAGUAUAUAAGAGUGCAUGUGCCUGGUGCUACAGAAUCUGCAACAGUAAGAAAUGACUUUUUGUGUAAUCUAUGUUCAUCUUCACUUCAAGAAGACAGAAAAUUUAGAGUACUUGGUGAUAAACAGAUAGUUGAAAUAAUCACAGCAAAGGCACUUCAUGCUUUUCAAGGAUAUUCUAACAACCAGCCAUGUAGGUUUCAAUCUCUUACAAUUUUUCUAAGAGAUGAAUCAGUGAGUAAAAUGAAUAUAGGAAAUGAGUAUAAAAUUAUUGGAAUUCCAGCCUGUGUAAAAACUUCACAAACGGCUGUCUGUAUAGAGGCAAACAGUAUCAUUUCUUGCAAUCCAAAAGUUCCCUCAGGAAUUAGCGACAAUUUCAAGCAUCUUCUCUCUUUGACUUCCAGCUCAUGCUGGAAAUUUACGGCAAUACUUGCCAAUAUCUUUGCAUCACAAAUUGUUCCUCCUGGGACUUACAAUUUGCUCAAGCUCUGUUUGCUGAUGAGUCUAGUACAGACAACUGACCAUAACAAGGAACUGAAAAAUUGCCUGGAUAUUUUAAUUAUAACAAGUGAUACUCUACUUGUAGACAGGCUUUUGAAUUUUAGUAUAAACCUUGUGCCCCGUGGUAUACGUCAUCCGGUCUCUACUGAAAUUUUUCCUACCCUAUCCAGAAAUAAGUAUGGAACUGGUGCAGUUAGCAUUCAAGCUGGCAGUGCUUUGCUAGCUAAAGGUGGUAUCUGCUUUAUGGGAGACUUGGCUUCACACAAAAAAGAUAAACUAGAACAGCUUCAAUCAGUUGUGGAAAGCAGAAGCAUCACAGUAUACAUCCCAGGAAAGAAGUUUGGGGAUGAUGUUAAUCAACAAAUGACUUUUCCAGUUCAGUGCAGUUUUUGGUCUUUUGUUGAUAUGGAUUCAUCUUCAAGGAAGAAUAUGCAGAAAACCAAUACUCUAAUUGGUCAGAUGGAUUGCAGUUUGAUUCCAGCUAAUCUCCUAGAGGCAUUUGGAUUAUUGAUUAGCUGCAAUGAAUCAUCUCCUUGCUACCCACUUCUUUCUACUGUGCAACAUACUUUAAAGAAAGCCAUUGAUCCUGAAGGGCAGCUUUAUGUAGCUUCUAAGAAGUUCACAACUGAAGAUUUUGAAAAGCUGCUGGCUUUUGCAAAGAGUUUGAAUGUAGAAUUCAGUUUGGAGGCAGAAAGAAUGAUUCAUGGCUAUUAUCUAGCAAGUCGAAGAAUCAGAACAGAUUCUGUAAGUGGAUCAAAACUGUCAGCAUCUGCAUUAAAAUACUUAGUUUCCCUAGCUGAAUCCCAUGCUCGACUGAACUUAAGGAAUAAAGUGCUUAAAGAAGAUGCACUAAUUGCAGCCUUAUUAUUUGAAACAUCUCUCACACUGAAAUAUGGGGCCACUGUAUUUUGUGUUGCUCCAAAUGCAGUAUUUCCGUUUGAAUUGUAUAACGAAGAAUAUUUAGAGCAAAGGGAUAUCUAUUUGACUCAGUGCCAACAGCAGCUCCAACAGUUUAUUGCCACAUAUGGACCUGGGACAACUCUUUUCACUAGUGAUGAAUAGCCAAUCUGAGGACACUAUUUUCUUCAUAUUUAAGUUAAAUGUGAUUUUGAAGUAAUGCUUCAGGUAAUGUGUACAGUAGUAUGUUAGAAUGCUAUCCUAAAUGUAUGAAAUAUGGUCUCAAUAUGAUUUACAAACUAAGCAAGGUAAAAUACCACUUUUUGUGUAGUUCCCGCUAUUUGUCACAAGAUGGCAAGAACACUUUAAAUGAGAACAUUUACCUACAAAUAAUCAUUUUAAACCAUUUUUCUUGCACCU